UCCUCCUCCCCCACGAGGCACUAAGUUCUCAUGAAAAUACCAGCAGAGACAACUAGAGCCGCCGAGUCGACCCGACUCGUCUGACUGAACCAGUUCAGUCUGGGACCUGCUGGGGAUUGUUGCUGGGAGGACUCUGACCACUGGACUACUGGGUCUACUGGGCCCGUGGACCACUGGACUCUACUGGAGUCUACUGAGACCUCUGGGUCUACUGGGACUACAGGAAUACUGGGUGUUCUAAUUGUUACUAGUGCACAUGGCUCCACUGGGUCUACUGGUUCUACUGGGCUGAAGUGGAUGCAGCGGAUUGAUUGACGGCUUCGCUCUGAUUUAUGAAUGAAUGUUGCUGACUGAUGUUUGCAGACACUUCAGUACAACAAGUACCACCUUAAUCACAGCUUUCAGGCUUUGUUCUGGUCUUCGGUCUCCGUGUGUUUAAGGUUAAACGAUGGGGGCCAAAGACCUCAGCGUGAACUCUGACCCCGCGGUGUCGCAACCUCCUGCCCGACGCCGGAGUCCCUUCCACGCCGUCAAGUUCUUUGUGUUCUGUCACAGUCUUCUCCAGCUGGCUCAGCUCCUGGUGUCGGGUUACAUGAAGAGUUCCAUCUCGACCAUCGAGAGACGUUACGGUUUCUCCAGCCAAAAGUCGGGUCUCCUGGCUGCUUUCAACGAGGUGGGGAACACCGUCCUCAUUGUGUUUGUGAGUUUCUUUGGGAGUCGAGUCCACCGGCCGCGGUUCAUCGGCGGCGGAGCUCUGCUGGCCUGCGUUGCCUCGCUGCUGAUGGCGCUGCCACACUUCGUGGGCGAAGCCUACGACUAUACCGGCCGCGUCAGCACCUCUGGAGAGAACAGCUCCGGUCUCUGCCAAUCAGAGAGCCCCGUUACCGCCUCCUCCAAUCAGAGCUGCAGCCGGCGGGAGGGCCCCGCCCAGCUGGGGGCGUACCCCCUGCUGCUUCUGGGUCAGCUGCUGCUGGGCAUCGCCGCCGUCCCCAUCCAGCCCUUCGGCAUCUCCUUCAUCGACGACUACGCCAGCCGGAAGAACUCGCCGCUCUACCUCGGCAUCCUGCUCGCCGUGACCUCCAUCGGCCCGGCCGUGGGCUUCAUCACCGGCUCCCUCAUGCUGCGCUUCUACGUCGACUUUGACAAGUUGUCUGGAGACCAGAUCAGAUUGGACCACAAGGACCUUCGCUGGGUGGGAGCCUGGUGGCUCGGCUUCCUGAUGGCGUCCGGCCUCCUCUUCCUCACGGCGCUGCCGUACCUCUUCUUCCCCAGCAGCAUGCCCAAAGAGGACGGCGGCGAGGACGUCGUGGAGUCGGGACCGGACUGCAAGCAGCAGACGAACCCGCUCCAGGAAAUGUCCCUUCUUCAGUUCCUCAAAAGUUUUCCCCGUAUCGCCCUGCGGACGCUACGCAGCCCCGUCUACCUGCUGGUGGUCCUGGCGCAGGUCAACCUGGCCGCGCUGCUCUCCGGCCUCGCCACCUUCAUGGCAAAGUUCCUCGAGUGGCAGUUCAGCCAGACGGUGUCCAACUCCACCAUGAUGAUCGGAGGCGUUUGCAUCCCGCUGGCGGUGCUCGGCACCGUCCUGGGCGGAGUUGUGAUGCGGCGGAUGAACCUUUCGGUCAGAGGGGCCAGCAAGUUGUGCACCGUCGCGAUCCUGCUGUGCCUGUUCUCCUCCACGCCGCUGCUGUUCAUGGGAUGCCCCACCCAGAAGAUCGCCGGGGUCUUUCCUCACAGCAGUGACGCGUCGUCGUGCAGCUCCGGCUGUCGGUGCCCUCAGGAGGCCUUUAACCCGGUCUGUGGUUCUGACGGUGUGGAGUUCCGGUCUCCCUGCCACGCCGGCUGCACCGCCACGGAAACAGACCUCUCCAACAACGCCACGAACUUCUCCGGGUGCCGGUGCGUGGCCGGGGUCGGCAUGGCGGCCUCGGGGACCUGUGGGGGGCGCUGCUCCGGCCUGCUGGUCCCCUUCGUAGCUCUGCUGGGGGUCACCAGCUUCAUCGCCUCCUUCUCCCAGACGCCCUCCUUCAUGAUGAUCCUCAGGACGGUGCCGUCGGAGGACAAGUCCUUCGCGGUGGGGGUCCAGUACAUGCUGUUCAGAGUGCUCGCCUUCAUGCCCGGUCCGGUGCUGUACGGCAGCGUCAUCGACACCACCUGCAUCCUGUGGGGCAAAAAGUGCGGCCAGAAGACUUCCUGUCAGUACUACGACCUGGACCGCUUCAGGCAGAGGUUCCUGGGUCUGCAGGUGGUCUUCGUCUGCGGCGGUCUGCUCUGCUUCCUGCUGACGGUGGUGUUCUUUCGGCGGAGGGCUGGAAGCCGGGAACCACAGCCGGAGGGCAAAGGGGGCUACGAGCCGGUGAGCGCGUCGGCUAAAGGCAAAGAGCUCGAGGACCUGAAGACCAGAAGACCAGAAGACCUGACGGCCUGAAGACAAAGAGGACCUGAAGCCAAUGAGGACAAAGACAGCGUGUGUCCCGUGUUCCUCUCGUGGAAAGUCAGGAGCGGCGUCUCACGUCGAUAACGUAUCGUUACAGAUUUCUCAUCAUUUAAAGACGAUUUUUGUAUUUGAAUAAGCUGCACUUCCUCUGAUGGCCAGUAGACUUCUGGACCGAUGUCCGUGAGGAGUUCUUCAUACCUUCAUGGUUCUCAGAGGAUGAACCCCACUCACUUCACUGAGCCUCUGAAUUUACAUUUAGCGCCACCAGCAGGUCAAAAAAAGUCCAAACACAGGACAGGACUCUGUGUUUACUGAUCGUUAGCUAAGGUUAGCAUGCUAACGAGCUAAACUUGGUAAAGAUUGUAGCUGCUUGUCAUGUUAGCAUCGUAAGAUAAGCUAAUUUAGGGAAAGAUUUGCGUGUGGAUUUACUUCAAUUUAAAUCAUAUUUGUUUAAUUUCAGGUCCGAUGUUUGAACUCUUAAUAGUUGUGCUAUCGUAUCUCAGAUUGAACAUGUUUUUUAAUCCAAGGCUUUUACUGUCAAAAUCACAUAUAUUUUAAGCAAAGAAAAAGAAUAAAAAGAGAUUUCUAUCAGUCAUGUUUUCAAACCUUUCAUAUUCUGUUUAUGUUCCAUCUUCUCAUAUGAACACAUGAACCUUUUAGUUAUUCCUGUAAGUGUCGUAGUUGAUUUGUUGAUGUUCUUCGUUCUGUAGAUGCCACCAUAAAGCUUUUUGUAAAUAC